UCCGUGGGGCUUCGCGGCGGAGCGGAGCGCUCCUUCUCUGACGCACGUCGGCGGCGCGUCUUGAGCAGAGGCGAGCCCGCGGCCCCGCAGCCAUGACUGAGGCUGAUGUAAAUCCGAAGGCCUACCCUCUCGCAGAUGCUCACCUCACCAAAAAACUAUUGGACCUCGUCCAGCAGUCAUGUAACUACAAGCAGCUUCGAAAAGGAGCCAAUGAGGCCACCAAAACCCUUAACAGAGGCAUCUCGGAGUUCAUUGUGAUGGCUGCAGACGCAGAGCCCCUGGAGAUCAUCUUGCACCUCCCGCUGCUGUGUGAGGACAAGAAUGUGCCCUACGUGUUUGUGCGCUCCAAGCAGGCACUGGGGCGGGCCUGCGGGGUCUCCAGGCCUGUCAUCGCCUGUUCGGUCACCAUCAAAGAAGGCUCCCAGCUGAAGCAGCAGAUCCAGUCCAUUCAGCAGUCCAUUGAAAGGCUCUUGGUCUAAACCGACGGCCCGUGCCACACUCUCUCUUGCCUCCUCCCCCUCAGAUUGUCAUCCCACACUCACCCCCCACUGCCCUAAACCUCCACUUCCACUUUCCUCCCUUUUGAAAAAUGAACUAAGCCCAGAACAGGUGGAAGCAGAGUGGUGCCACCAUUCAAAGGCAGGAAAGAGCCAGGGGAGAGAUCUGGUUCCAGCUCUGAGGCUCUAGCUCCCUUUUGUGUACAGGGCAUGGUGAAGUAGACACCGCCCACUUGAUCUCCCUUGAGCGUGGCGUAUAGAACCAUUCCAUACAUGAUCCAGGGGUUCCUUUGCUCUCUAAGGGAUUAUGCAUCAUUUGGGGAAGAAGCAUGUAUCCUGUGAGGUUGUUAGUUGUAUGCCCAAGUGUCAUUUGUUAAUGUACCCCUACCGUUUGCUUUUGGUAAUAUGAUAUGGCCAUUUCCUUCCCCCCCACCCCCCAAAAAAAAAACACAAAAAAAAAAAAAAAAACACCCUCCCAAUUGUGCCCCUGAGGGUGGCAGGACAGCAGCAUACCAAAGAGCUGUGUGCUGCAGGAUUCCAAAACUGGCCUGGGCUAGUGAGACAUGGAGCAGCUGACCUAGGUCUGAAAGGAGUCUGGAGUGGCAAGACAAAGUAGUCAACUGGUGCUGGAAUGAAGGAUUCUGGGCAAGUCUUGGAGACCUGGAAGCUACAACAGAGGUGAUGGAGUCCAAGGAAACAUCCUUUCUGGUGAAUAGAUUUCUUCAGUGGACACUUGGUAUCAGCUCUGGGAGCCUGUACCCAUUUCCCGUCCUGCCAUGAUGUGGGUCAGAUGUACUGUGUUCUUGAUCACAUCAGAAGGACAGUGCUAAUGUGUCAUUCUUGUGAGAGUCCUAGUAAAGAAAUAUAUUCAUACUACAA